UACGGGGAAAAAAGCACCAAACAGGUGCCCUCAAUUUUUCCACAGUGUUUUGCACGGAAGCCCGGCGUGCGCGUAUGUAAACUGAGCUAAGCGAUCGCCGCGGUUACCCUUCACCAACAAGAAGACCGAAGAAAUAUUUCGGUGGAAUUCUUUAGAGAGAGAGAGAUCAACAACUGGGUUUAACCAUAUUUCUACCUGUAACUUGAGAACAAAUUUAAAGGACCAAUGCCGAGUGAACUCGAAUACUGCAUCACGUUUCCGUGGAGAGACGAAAAGGCCCGAAAGCCGAGCGAGACGAGAGAGCCUGUGGUGAUAUUGCUGGGCUGGGCUCAGUCUACGGACGGCGAGUUGGCCGAAUACAGCGCCAUCUAUGAACAAAGCGGCUACAUAUGUAUCAGCUACAGCAUCCCUUUCUUCCCCGACAUGUUUUUCGGACAGCGGCGUCUUCGGCGGACGGCGGCGAAGAUAUACGAUGUGAUCGCGGACCAUGAACUGGAAAAACAUCCCAUUUUCAUUCACAUCUUCGGUGCCGGCGGUCAGGCCAUGUACCGCCACUUCUUGGAGGCGAUGCAAGCGGAGGAGAGCGUCCCAGAUGGGAAAGGUCGCACCCUUCAGGUUGCCGGCGUCAUUUUUGACAGCGCGCCCGUGCAGACCGGCUUUUUCGGCGUCAUCAAGAGUUACAUGAACUCCCUCCGGGUGUCGGCAGUCCUGAAGCCCAUUUGCGGUCUCUUCCUUGGACUCUACGUUCUGUUUCACUACGUCUGGCACAUCAUCAAAAGGAUGUUCUUCUUUCCAGGAUGCGCCGUGUUUACCACUUGGGACAUUAUUAGAGCAGACAAAUCUCGGUGUCCAGAGCUCUUCCUCGGUUCCACGGCCGACGCCAUUGCAACACCGAAAAGCGUGAAGUACAUGGUGGAGCAACGGAAAAACCGCGGGGUUGACGUCACUUCCGUCGUCUGGGAUGACUCCGCCCACUUAGAGCACAUGCAGAAACAUCGGGAGGCGUAUGCAGCGCAGUGCUACGGUUUUAUCUCACAGAUAAUGGGGGCAAGACUCAAUAUGCUCAGAUAUACCAAAUAGACCUCAAAUAAAAAAGAAACAUUUUAGCCCAUUUAAAACUUGGGAAAAACCAGAAGCACGAAAAAGACUGAUAAUUAUAUAUUAUUAAGGACGGCGAAAAAAGAAACAAUUUGGUUAAGCUUUAUGGUCCAUUGCAGAUUACAUGGCUUUAAAGCAUAGAUGUAAAACGACACUGAAAGCCCUCCGGUAUGCAAUUGAUUUGGAUAGGACCAGUUGCCGAUGAAAAGUGAAUUCUGUAUCAUAUGAGGUAUCCCACAGACUCGCGCGAAUUCUCGCGGGAUUUGAAGAAGAGUGGGAUCAAAAAUUAAUGGCAAACUGGCGGCUGCAGUUGUGGUGCCACGGUGAAUCAUAUAGGACAGGCUGUUUUUUUUUUUUUUUUUUUUUUUUUUUCACAGAUAAUUUACUUGUGGUUUUCUCUUUAAUUCGGUUGAAUGUACAGCUCUUUGACGACAGCGUGUAUUCACCACAUGUUGCGUGUUUCUAUUGUAUUGGUACCUAAGACGACAUUUCUGGCGUAUAGAGUUUCACUCUUGUUUGGCAGAUUCGCCUGUCUAAGGUGGUUUCCACCGGGUCUAUUAAGUUGGGUUGAAAUUUAUGAUGGUUGAUUGCAAUUGAUAUAUGUAUACAUACAGAUUAUCAUUUUCAUUUACCGAAAGAAGUUAUCAAUAAAUAUUCACCAAGAGAACAAGUUUUUUAAGUAU